AUGAUCGAUUCGAAGCCGACGGAGGCUCGGACUCCGACACCCCCGAUCGUAGAGGAUGAACAGCUUGCUUGUGACUUCGUCGAACACGCACUCCGCGAACGAGUUCCUUUUGCCGUUGACACCCUAGACUCGGACAAUCACUAUGACGAGACCAUACAGAAUAACCUUCCAGAACAAUCCUUUCAACAUGGUGCUUGGAUCCUGCAUGAAAGACUGAGGCACAAGAAGCUUGAAGUCCACAUCAGUGGGACUCGCGACAAAAUAGUGUUUAGGCAAGGAAAGCUCGAAGGCAAAGACGGGUACCUCGUCGUGACGAGUCGCAUCUACAACGUCGAAGCUUCGGUACUCGUCAAGAUUGAUUCAUCGGCCAGAGAGCCAACGACUAGAAUCCCUGUGAAGUACCUUUCGCCGAAAUAUUCAGACUUUCCGAUCGGAACGAGGGUUGUGAUCAUCGGCGGCGAGGUGCAAGAUGAACAUUCUCGCGAUCACGAAACAUGGAUCGGGUCUUACGGGGUAGUCGCCCCAUGCGCUUAUGACCUGCAUCCAGAGUGUAGGAUGGUGGCAAAGCUGAAUGGCAAGGUUAUAUAUAUUGAUAGGUUAUUGAUAGGCAGUUAUGCGAUUGAUGAUGCAGACGAUGACGGCACGGACGAGGACAAGGACGGCAGGGACAAACUCCAAUUUUGCCUGUUGUUCUUGGUAACUGUCACAUGA